AUGGCGGCGUUGAGCAGCGCCGAGUCCCCACCGCCCGUCUUUAACGGAGACACCGCGGAGCGGGAGCCGGGCCUGGAGGAGCUGGGCGCCGGGCUGGACGCCUCCUGUGCGCCGGGGAUCCCCGGAGGUCCGCAGGAUGAGGAGAUCUGGAACAUCAAACAGAUGAUAAAGUUGACACAGGAACACUUAGAGGCUCUUCUGGACAAGUUUGGAGGAGAACACAAUCCUCCCUCCAUAUAUCUAGAGGCCUAUGAGGAGUACACCAGUAAGCUAGACGCCCUGCAGCAGAGGGAGCAGCAGCUGUUGGAGGCCAUGGGGAACGGCACAGACUUCUCCUGCUCUCCCACCACCACGCCAGCCCUUCUGGAGGUCAAGAUGGGGAGCUGUGGGGCUGGAGGCGGCGCUCAGGCCUUUCCUUCGGCCCCCAACACAUUGGAUUGCCUGCAGACCCCCACCGACGCCAGCCGAGCCAACCCUCGCUCCCCGCAGAAACCCAUCGUGAGGGUCUUCCUGCCCAACAAACAGAGAACAGUGGUCCCAGCCCGCUGUGGGAUGACUGUGAGAGACUCGUUGAAGAAAGCUCUGAUGAUGCGAGGCCUCAUCCCCGAGUGCUGUGCCGUGUACAGGAUGCAGGACGGAGAGAAGAAGCCCCUUGGCUGGGACACAGACAUAUCCUGGCUGACAGGGGAGGAGUUACAUGUAGAAGUGUUAGAGAAUGUGCCGCUCACCACACACAACUUUGUGAGGAAGACCUUCUUCACACUGGCCUUCUGUGACUUCUGCAGAAAGCUGCUCUUCCAGGGUUUCCGCUGUCAGACCUGCGGCUACAAGUUCCACCAGCGCUGCAGCACUGAGGUUCCACUCAUGUGCGUCAACUACGACCAGCUAGACUUAUUGUUAGUGUCCAAGUUCUUUGAGCAUCACCCGUUCACCCAGGAGGAGGGGUGCUCGGAGGGAACCACCCCCAUGUCUGAGGCCUGUCCGUCACUCCCCCCCUCCGACUCCAUGGGGUCUAUAUGCCACGCCAGUGUAUCACCGUCCAGGUCCAUACCCAUCCCACCCAGUUUCCGGCCCAACGAGGAGGACCACCGCAACCAGUUUGGCCAGCGGGACCGUUCGUCCUCGGCCCCCAACGUCCAUAUUAACACCAUCGAGCCUGUCAACAUAGACGACCUGAUUCGAGAUCAGAGCUUACCACGAUCAGAUGGAGGCUCCACCGCAGGGCUGUCGGCCACGCCGCCCGCCUCUCUCCCCGGCUCCCUGUCCAGCGUCAAGGUUCCACAGAAGUCGCCGUGUCCGCAGAGGGAGCGCAAGUCGUCGUCCUCGUCUGAGGACCGCAAUAAGAUGAAAACCCUGGGGAGAAGGGACUCCAGCGAUGACUGGGAGAUCUCAGAGGGUCAGAUCACUCUGGGCCAGAGGAUAGGCUCUGGAUCCUUUGGAACUGUCUACAAGGGAAAGUGGCACGGUGACGUGGCGGUGAAGAUGUUGAAUGUCACCGCGCCCACACCACAGCAGCUCCAGGCCUUCAAGAACGAAGUGGGAGUCCUCAGGAAAACGCGUCACGUGAACAUCCUGCUGUUCAUGGGCUACACCACCAAGCCUCAGCUGGCCAUCGUGACCCAGUGGUGCGAAGGCUCCAGUCUGUACCACCACCUACACAUCAUCGAGACCAAGUUUGAGAUGAUCAAGCUGAUCGACAUCGCCCGGCAGACUGCUCAGGGCAUGGACUACCUGCAUGCAAAGUCAAUCAUCCACAGAGAUUUGAAGAGCAACAAUAUUUUCCUCCAUGAGGAUCUGACGGUGAAGAUCGGUGACUUCGGCCUGGCUACAGUCAAGUCCCGCUGGAGUGGCUCCCACCAGUUUGAGCAGCUGUCUGGAUCUAUUCUGUGGAUGGCUCCAGAGGUGAUCCGGCUGCAGGACAAGAAUCCCUACAGCUUCCAGUCAGACGUCUACGCCUUCGGCAUCGUGCUGUACGAGCUCAUGUCCGGAGUGCUGCCCUACUCCAACAUCAACAACCGAGACCAGAUCAUAUUCAUGGUGGGUCGAGGUUACUUGGCCCCCGACCUCAGCAAAGUGCGCAGCAACUGUCCAAAGGCCAUGAAGAGGCUGAUGGCCGACUGUCUGAAGAAGAAGAGGGAGGAGCGACCUCUCUUCCCUCAGAUCCUGGCGUCCAUCGAGCUGCUGGCUCGCUCAUUACCCAAAAUCCACCGCAGCGCCUCGGAGCCUUCGUUAAACCGCGCCGGCUUCCAGACGGAGGACUUCAGCUUGUACGCCUGCGCCUCCCCCAAAACCCCCAUCCAGGCCUGUGGCUAUGGGGAGUUUUCAGCAUUUAAGUAAGUGCUGCAGAUCCCACCACUCCAUCCCUCGUCACCUCUCAAAAGUCUCGUGUCUCUGCGGUGGAUUAAUUACUGGAGAAAAAAAAUCUAAAGUCGUCUCAAAGAACCUGAAGACGGCAACCAAAAGCUGUCCUGCAGUCAAACAGCCACUGCGACAGACAAAACUGAAUUAGGAAAAAUAAAAAAAGAGCAAACAAAGCAACUUGAAUGACACAAAACGAAAAACAACAUCCACACCAAAACCGUUUCUCCCACCCGCCGGAGGGAGAAGAUGAAGGCGACGAUGAAGGGAGGAGACGCAGCGCUCCCGUCUGACUGGGGGGGGCUGGAGAUGGAAGGUCGGGCGCCGGCCUUGUUCCCCUGCGAGAGCUGGAGGUCACUGGGCAGGGGGGGGUUAACCCCACCACCCCCCAACCUGAAGAGCGAUGACUUGAAAGAUAGAUCUCUUUUUCACUUUGUCAGUUGUUUCUCCGGUUUCAGAGUUAAGCUAGCAUUGGCUAGGAAUGAUGACCCUUUUCUGUCUUUUGUUCUCUAGAGGAGAUGGUAGCAGUGCGACAUGCAGCACUGGCCCUUUUUUCCCAUCCUUUUGGGCUUAAAGCUGACCAAAUUCUGCAAAAUACUGAGUUUUGCCUUCUUGUUUGCCUCCAACAGAGUCAACACCGGUGAUGAAACGGCCGCAGCUCUUUAUCUCUCCGGAAUAGAUUGUGCAUGCGAAAGCAGGAGAAGCAGAUUUGCAGGAGUCUCGGGCACAGGAGCUGCUCUUUGGGAGGAGAAAUGCUAAUUUAUUUGGCGACUCGUGGAAACAACGCGAGAGGGAUUUCGUAGUCAAUCUAAAAAGAACCCGGUCGGAGAUUAACUCAUUGAGAUUGGUCUCGAUUCGCAAGAUCUCUCGAUGUUGGAUAACUCAACGGAGACGCUCUACCUUUUCAAAUGAUCUCAUUGGAAGGGGUUAGUCGUGUGGUUUCCAUUUGGAAACUCGGUAGCCGCGCGUGAAGGGAGAAAAGAUGCAGGCUUGAUAGAUGAUGGAAGCUAAACUAAGGUUUGUUUUUUUAAAGAGCCUAGUCUAAGCCAAGCUGCUGCCCGGGGUUUAUACUGAGCUAAAGAGUGUGUACAGUAAGUUGUUACACAGCAUCUUCGCAACUAAAGCUUUUCAUUCGCUUCUGACGCUUUUCCACAGAACCCAAACUCUACUUUCUUUUGUGACACCAACUGCAUGUCUUUCUUCUUUCUUUUUUUUUUUUUUAAAUCACGUGGCUUUAAUAUUGCACUCUGCUUAAGACGGGGACCUUUACUUGUUGCCGCUGCUAACCAAUGAGCCGCAGCGUGAUCUGCUGAAGGGACACGUGGUCUUCUGGCAGGUUCUGUUAGUCUUGAAAAAAAAAAGUUCUGAAACUUUCAGUCACACCUUUCUAACCUUUUUCUACACACAUGCACCUGUACUCUUUUCAUUCCAGUGUGUGUUGUAGGUGUUAAACAUUCUUUUCUUUUGUUUCUUGUUUUUUCAUUAUUGUCAUUAUUUGCCUUUUUCUGUACAGGCAGGCCUGCAGAUAUUUACUUAUUUAUGUGAAACUUUUUUAUUUACCGCUUUAUUUUACGCUCUGUCUUUCUUUAGAUGCUUGUUUUAGUCUUUGUGACUCGUGUACUUGCACUUUGUAGAGAUGACACGGAUUCGAAGCGAAUGAGCGACUUGCCUUGACUUUUUUUUUUUUUAUGAAGAAUAAAUUGUGACAUACAGAGCUGAUGACCUAAAAAUCCACCUAAUGCAUGAGUCAUCUGCCGAGGCCCGAGUGUGAAUAUAUUUUGCAGAGAAUGACUCUUUGAUAAAGCCUCCACGAGCCGAGUAUGUCACCACGUGUGAUGGGGAGCGGAGAAAACGAGGCUGCCGGCUUGAUGAAUGGAUGUUUGGAGGUAGAGCACACGAGUUGAAGCGCCCAUCCAUCCAAAUACAACAAACUGCUUCUUCACAUUCAUCACGGAUCAUGCCUUUCCAUCACAAACGCCAUGAACUUAACCCCCACUCCCACCCCCCUAACCCGCUUCAUGGAACUGUCCGGCUUGUGAAGAGAUACACUUACUUCUCAUCUUACCCACAAGUCCCAUCUUAGGGCUGCAACGGAUUUAGCCUAGCUUAGCACAAAGACUGGAAGCAGAGGGGAGGGGGGGGAAACUGCUAGCCCCGACCCAGGACAGUCUUACAGCUUAUCCCGGUCCUGGAUCAUAGACCUCCUGGAAUUUGGACCUUUUUUCGUCACAGGGCAGCUCAUGAAAUGUGUCACACUUGCAUAUUGAACAUGCAAGUGUGGUUGAAACUUCAAGAGUAACCAAACCCAAAUCUGUGUAAAGCCUGGCAUCUACUGAUGAAAGCACGGUACUUAAUUCCCACCGGCUAUUUUUCUGGUAAUCAUUCUGAGCAUUAUUCCGUAGUUGUGUCAGCGGUGUCGGCCACGUUGCUGCUGGUUCACAUGAUGCUUUGGUUCAGGUCUUGUAAAACAGCUUGUGCCCUCAUGGUAACACGCUUCACUUAUUGAGCACAAGUCGGUGUUGGUUGGGUUUUUAAAGACCAGCUCGAGUAAUGUGCUUUCACCAUGAGGCUUUAAGCUCCACGUUGGUUUGGUUUGUACUCGUCUCUAGUCUGUAAAUUCCAAAGACAUAGAAACAGUCUCUUAAAUGUUACAUAUCCUUCGGUAUGAGGGACGUUCGUCUCUAUCCUUAACUUCACUAAGCAUCUGAAGAAGAACCAUCGGGUUCAGGUUGUGAAGGAGACUUUGAGUCAUUAGAGAGACAACGAUGUCAUGGUCAGGAAAGGCUACAGGUUUGGAGAUAAAGUGGAAGAUGAGGUAAUUGGUUAAGGGUUCUUUAAUCAUUACAUUCUACUAACUGGCUCAGAAACCUAAUUUAAUCCUCUUCUCUGCCUCAGAGCUAUAAUUAUGUUUUAAAUAUAUAUAAAUAUAUUUAUUUUUUAAGUCAGGGCUUUGACGCAGGCCUUGGUCAUUACAGCUCAAGGAUACACAUCUCCAAGCACUGGACCACACAGUCACGAACGCGUUCAUAUAAAGGACAGUUCAGAGCCUGUGGACUGUGGCAGGAAUCUGCAGGGAACAUGCACAGUUUACAGAGGAAGCCCCUGUCAGCCACUUCUCGCUGAAUCUGACUUUAUUCUCACGAGAGUUUAGCUUCUUAAGACAGUUACACAAAAAACAUUUAGUCGCAUCUCAAUUAAUUUAGAGUUCCAAUUAAGGCUGGAAAGCAAGUAAACUCUGUCCGGGCUGUUAUCUCCAAACCUAAACUCAUGAAACCAGAACUGUCUGGUCUCUGCUCAAAGUCCUCUCACAUGCUCGUCUCGGAGCGGUUGACUCUAUCUCAUGGUGUUCUUCAGCACACUGAGCUGACACAGGUGAAACAAUGCAGAUGUUCAAACUUUGAUGGAUGAUUCCGAUCAAAUCCUUCUUGUUCAUGUUGGGGGGGGGGAAAAGACGACCAUGGAGGUUCAUUCUUGACGUUGGAAAGAACCUCAGCUCCACGUUUACUUACUGGCUUGUUGUAACAAAUGUAGGUCAAUGUUAAAGGCCACACAUUGGAAUCAAUUAAGCCUCCAAACACGUGAUAUGGUCCAGAACCAGUGAGUUAGUGGACUUGUUGGUAAACUUCGUUUUACUAGGUCAACAAUGAACUGGCGGCCUCACUGGAAAAUAUCACGUGGUCUCAGUCCAUCGGUGUGGUCCUUCAAAAACUAGCAGAUAGGAGUAAUCUAGGAUUUCACAUUUUCACAUUCUUCAUUGUUACAGGACCUGAGGAAGUAGACAGCAACGUCUUUAAGAAUGCUGUAUUUAUUAUCACGUUUGCUGAUGUCCGUCUAUAAACCGGAGAGUUUACAGGACUGACUCUCUCCUCCGCCGCCCUCCUCUUAUCUCACUCUCUCACUCUCUUCUCCGCCACGUAAUGCACAGCCUUGCUCUCUCUUCAUUCCCCCCUUUUGUUCUUCAGACACAUUCCCCUCCUCCCCCCUCCUUGCCUGCACCUUAAACCCAACAACUGAGAACUAUCAUGAAAAAAAAAAAAACUAACUUUAUGGAGAAUUUUUUUUUUGGGGUUAUGUUUUUGUUUCACCUGUUAAUAGUUGUACAAAGGAAAUACUGUCAGUUUGCUAGGAGGCAUGGAGACCACAAAUGUAACAAAUGAUAAGCUGUUGAAAAUGAAGAGACAAGGAUUAAAAGAUGUUUUGAUAGGCAGACUUCUGAGAAAACCAGUUGAGUGUAAAAACUAUUUAAGGCUGUAUCAUAAGAAGAAAAAGCUUAAUGUAUUUGUUGUGAAUAUGAAAAACUGAUAUAUUAAAGAAGUGCAUGAAAACUGUA